AUGGGUACACUAUGCCCACCAGUGGGAUGUGCCCCAGCUGGCUACCAGCAUCAGGCUCUAUCACCGAUCAUGAGCACUGGGACCGAGGUGCGCACGUACACGACACUACCCAGCAGAACCACAGCUGCAGAGCCAGAAUUCCAGAAACAGGUUGUACGAAGCCUUCAUGUCAUCCAACUUAUGUUGCAGCAUCAUGGUGGUCAGCUCGACACUUUGGUAGCUGCAAAUGCAAAUCCAUCCAGUUGUGCAGGGAAGGUCAUCAUACCCACCUCCUUUGACAACCUGGACGACUUUAAACGGUUUAACAAGCGUCUCACCGAGGCAGAGAAAGUGAAUCUUGUAAGUGAGUUCCAGCAGCUUGGUGGAAACGAUGUGAAGAAAUGCACAUCUCGUGUCCUGAGCUACAUCAUCACACGUGAAGUUGGUCAGCACUACAGUUGGGAGGGACGUAGUGGGAAAGAGAAGUUCAUGGAAUUGAACGUAGCACCAGUCAUUAUCCAGGCAGUGAAAGACACGAGACGAGAAGGGAAGUGGAAGAAUUCCGACAUCGAAGACGCAAUUAAAAACUGGCUUCGCCACUGCCCCGGCACCGUGAAGAGGCGUGUGGAGCACACAGCUCGGCGUUCGAUCCAGCCAGCUGAGGUCAUACUCGCCAUACAGUCUGCUAUCAAAGAUUCUGGGCCCUCUACAGCUGACUUGAUGUACGGCUCGCCACUACGUCUUCCAGGAGAAUUAUUCUAUGCCUCACCAGCGAGUCGUCCCCUUCCUGAUGUGCGAGACUUCCCCACACGGCUCUCGCUCUUCUGUUCCGCCCUGUGUAUGCUUCAUUUCAUGCAUCUCGAUGCUAAUCCGCUGUGGGCCGCGACACCAGAGCAACGUGCUCCCCUGCUGGUUUUGGCAGUCGCGGCAGCAGACGCCAGUGCACGUUUCAGCUGCCGUCUCUCUCUCGCUCCUGUGCCGGUUGCGGCACCGCAGGCCACGACUAAGACGCCACCUCCACGUGCAAACCAUAAGCCAGUCUACAGCCAUAAGCUAGCCACUGUCUACAUGAGUCCCGACCGGUGA